AUGGCGGCUGCCCCACCACUCUCCAAGGCUGAGUAUCUGAAGCGUUACCUGUCUGGGCCCGAGGCAGUCGUCGAUGCGGGAUCCGAGGCUAGUCGUAAGCGCCGCAAGAAGCGGCCGAAGCCGACUGGUGCUGGAGGGAAAGGGAUGAGGAUUGUGGAUGAUGAUGUGAGCUGGGCAAAUAUUUCUACUAAGUUAGAAAAAGAAGAAGAGGAAGAUGAGGGAGAUUUGCCUGUGGUGGCUGAAUUCAUUGAUGAACGCCCAGAAGAAGUGAAGCAAAUGGAGGCAUUCCGGACCAGUAACAAGUGGAAGCUUUUAGGAGAACAAAAGCAGGACCUUUCCCCACCCAGGAGGGCUCGUCACAACUCCUCAGACUCCUCACCUCCCAGAAGGACCCAUCAUGACUCUCCAAAUUCCUCACCUGCAAAGAGGGCCCGUCAUGACUCCCCAGACUCCUCGCCUGCAAAGAGGGCCCGUCAUGACUCCCCGGACUCCUCACCUCCAAGGCGGGCUCGUCACGACUCCCCAGACUCUUCACCUCCCAGGAAGGCCCGCCAUGACUCCCCAGACUCCUCACCUCCCAGGAGGACCCGUCACGACUCCCCAGAUUCCUCGCCUCCCAGGAGGACCCGUCACGACUCCCCAGACUCCACACCACCCAGGAGGACCCGUCACGACUCCCCAGACUCCACACCACCCAGGAGGACCCGUCACGACUCCCCAGACUCCUCACCUCCCAGGAGGACCCGUCACGACUCCCCAGACUCCUCACCUCCCAAGAGGACCCGUCACGACUCCCCAGACUCCUCACCUCCCAGGAGGACCCGUCACGACUCCCCAGACUCCUCACCUCCCAGAAGGACCCGUCACGACUCCCCAGACUCCUCACCUCCCAGGAGGACCCGUCAUGACUCCCCAGAUUCCUCACCUCCCAGAAGGACCCAUCAUGACUCCCCAGACUCCUCACCACCCAGGAGGACCCGUCAUGACUCCCCAGACUCUUCGCCACCCAGGAGGGUCCAUCCUAACCUCCCAGGUUUAGCUCCUGAGGUUUUUCAUUCACUGUCUAGUAAAGCCCCUGCCAAGUCCUCUCUUGGUCUGAAGGAGAAGAGCAGUAGCCAUGGGGGUGAAUCUUCUCAACAUAAAAAUCGAUUACCUUCCUCUCCUGGGCCAAGGAAACAGCUGCAUGACUCCAGAGACUCUUCUCCUAGCCAUAGGAAAUUUCAGACAAACCCUUCAAACAAGAAACACCGGAGGCAUGAUAUAGAUUCUUCUGCUCCUGGGAAGAGCAACCAGCAGGCCUCUGAUUCAGACCUGUCUCCUCCACGGAACAAGCAGAAACAAGACUCUGAUUCAGACCUCUCGCCACCAAGAAGGAAGCAGAAAACCAGGUCUUCUGAUUCAGAUCUCUCCCCACCCCGAAGGAGUCAGCCUCCUGGAGCAAAGGCCACGCAGAUGUUUUCUGGGGCCAAAACUGGGUUGGUGUCUGAUGUAAGGAGAGAGCAGCAGGAGCUCAGGAGGCAGGACCGAGAAACCAAACAUUUGGAAGCUGAAUUCCAAAAUGCUGAAACCAUUUUUCGAGAUAAGUCUGGCCGCAAGAGGGACCUGAAGCUGGAACGAUUAGAGCAACGGCGAAAAGAAGAGGAAGAGUCAGAGAAAAAUGAACAGUAUGCUCAGUGGGGAAAAGGCCUUGCCCAGAGCCGGCAGCAGCAACAGAACGUGGAGGAUGCAAUAAAGGAGAUGCAGAAGCCAUUGGCUCGCUACAUCAAUGAUGAGGACCUGGAUCAGAUGCUCAGAGAGCAGGAGAGAGAGGGCGACCCCAUGGCCAACUUCAUUAAGAAGAAUAAGGCCAAGGAGAACAAAGACAAGAAAGAAAAGCCUCGUUACAAUGGCCCUGCACCUCCCCUCAACAGAUUCAAUAUCUGGCCUGGGUAUCGCUGGGAUGGUGUAGACAGGUCCAAUGGCUUUGAGGAGAAGCGUUUUGCCCGACUUGCCGGCAAGAAAGCUGUUGAUGAACUUGCCUAUAAAUGGAGCGUUGAGGAUAUGUAGCUCUUGUAACCGAGCAAUGGCUGUAGGUUCUGAUGGUGGGCAAAGGACAGAUAAGACAGCCAGGCAGGGUCAGCAUUAACAGUUUACACAGACCAGCCAUUCAUGGUUGCCACCAGUGACCCUGGGAGAGAGCUUGGGCUUUGAUAUCUGGGUGGGGGGCACCAUGACCCAGGGAAAUGUCCAUAUUCUUCAGCUGUUCACACAGCCACUUCUACUGUCUUUUAAGUGACACAUGCACCACUGAGGGUCAUACAAGGUGCCCUGGAGUUCAUUCUCAAUUGGGCUUUUUC